AUGGCUUUGUUGCAGAACAUGAUGCCAGCUCUGCUAGUUGCCAUCUGCCUUGGCGUCUUUGCCGCUACCUCUGAGGCAAAUGGGACUCUGGAGAGCUGCACCGCCCUCAUAAAGAUCCCCAACACCUGGGUUGCUGGAGACAAGUACUCUGCAAGCAUGAACGUGGCUGUGGAAAACACAGGCAGCAUUGACUGGCCGGCAGGCACGUACAAUGUGAACAUCUCCAAUGCCAACAUGGUGGAUGUCAAGAACACCUGGGGCUGGGACUUCUCCCAUGCAGCUGAUGGGACUGCAUCCGGGUCCAUGACACUGAAGAACGCUGUCGCACCCUCGUCACAGGCUGACAUCGGCGCAAUUGUGGUCGGCACAUCUCCCCAGAACUUCUACCCCACUUCGAUCAUUGUGGAUGGCAGGAAGUGCCACCUGCAGCAGGACGACCUGACUGCUGGCCGCUAG